AUGGGCUCUGACCUGCCAAUACCAGGCCAUGCGCAUGCUGGAAAGCUCAAGUCAAGCUCAAGGAGGUCCAUGAUGUCCCGUAGCGGUAGCUGUAUUGGAACAAAGUGCAGUGCACGAUCCAAGCUGUCCAGGAGUGAUCAAAUUAGUCCCUUUAUUUCCAUGGAAACAGUGGAAGACGAUGAGCAGGGACGGGGCUACCUCACCCCAGUCCUGAGUCAUGCCUUGUUCCCUGCCCAGGCAUCUGCAGAAGCCAAGAAGUUGUACACAGCCCUGCAGGAGUACGCCAAACGCUACAGUUGGGUGGGCAUGGGCCGCAUUCAUAAGGGCCUCCGUGAGCAGGUCAGACUGAAUGAUCACUCUGCUAUACAGAAGCCUCAUCUCUUCUUCCUGCCAGAUGUUCCAAGUGUGCCUUUUUUCCCACGUGACGCUCAUCGACAUGACAUUGAAGUCUUGGAAGCCAACUACCCUGCGAUCCUGGCUGAAUUCCAGGCUGUUUACCAGAAGGGCAUUGACUCAAAAUUAGGCUGGACCUGUGUAGGACCAAAGGGCCAAGCUGUGUUUCCUUUGUACAGCGCUGGUGUCUCUGUGGCAGGAAACUGCCGUGCCUGUCCCUGCACCUACCGGACACUUCUGUCUUUACGUACUUUUAUAAACAGCAACUCAUUGGGAUCAGCAGGAUUUUGGCUGCUGGGCCCUGGAGCAACUUUGGGAAGCACAUAUGGACCCACUAAUACACGCCUGCGUUGUCAUCUGGGUCUGCAGACUCCACCCCUGUGCGAGCUGGUGGUGGGAGGGGAGCCUCAGUGCUGGUCAGAAGGACACUGCCUCCUGGUUGAUGACUCCUUCCUUCACACUGUCUCCCACAAGGGCCCUCCAGAUUCUAGACCCAGCGUCAUUUUGAGCGUGGACCUUUGGCAUCCAAAUGUGGCUGCAGCAGAGAGACAAGCCCUGGACUUCAUGUUCAGCCCUGACCUCUAAAAUGUUUUUGUUUAUCUGUGUACUUGUAUACAACAUGAAGAGAUGCCUUACAUUAGACCUGGUUGUCCUGGGACAUGCAUCUCAUUCCAGUAAAUUAACUGCUGUGUGAAUCUGCCUCAAGAAUUACACAAGCCAUUAGCCAUGCU